AUGCGAAACUAUGAUGGUGGGGUGAAGUGUGUGGCAGACAAGCCCCCGGACAGCGUUCGCCACGACGAACGCUGUUUGAAGUCAAUCGGAACCGUGUGGGCCCGGCGUCGGGUCACGAAAGCCCAACCCAUCGUUCACACUGCACUCCGUGUACCCGGUCGGGAAAGUGGUAACAGUAGUAUUUGUGCUUUUGCCUCGUUUCUUAAUUGUGCGUCGUCUCAUCUGACGGUUGAAAUCAAAAGCCGCGUGGACAUGUUUCUCACAGUCACCAAAUCACUGAUCCCGCUACUGCUCAUAUGCUUGUUCAACCAACCCACUGUGCCCAUACGUUGGCUAGCGAUUGGUCACAUGAAACAGUUUUGGAACGAGUCCCACCACUGCCCCAAAAACGGCGUCGAGAGGAAGAAAUACGGUCUGAUAGGCGCGCAGACUAAACUGUGUAAACGACAUGCGGAUUUAAUGCCAAUUAUUAUGCGCGCAGCUGCACAGACGGCUACCGUAUGUCAGAACGAAUUUUCUGACCGACGCUGGAACUGCUCGUCAAUUCGUUUGGUUCCAAAAUUGACUCCAGACCUGACAAAAGGUCGCAGUAGCGACGAUGACAGCGGCCACCAAGAGUUGGCUUGUCGCAUGAUCUCACUCGGUUGCCAAGAAGCGAAAGCGAACGCACAAUAG